UGACUCGCCUCCUCCUGUAGACUGGUUGGGUUAGCGAUAGUUGUUAAACUGGCUGACAGGCAACCGCAGCAGCUGAGACUUGUCUAUCGUUACUAACAGCUAGACCGUUUGACUGACUAACUCCAUUUGGUCUGCAUUAGUGUUGUGGCCGGGGGGGUUGAACGAAAUCAAAGUAUAUGCGGAAAUUAGCAGACUGCAGUUAAAUAGCCUCCACCUGUUAUUUGCUAACGUAACAUCGAGGGGCUAAGUUAGCGACUGUUAGCUCACAUUAGCCAAUUGUGUUACUUUCUGCCCCUGCUGCGUAUCCUAGCAAGGUUGUCAACAUGUUGCAGUGAGUAAUGCACCGAGUGUUGAUAUUAAUAAUGGCCACCUGGGGGGCGCAAGGAUGCCCCAAUUCGGAGAGCUGUACGACGCUGCCGCCCAAUUCCACCUCCAAGGCCUACUGCUACGCUGCCCGGAUUAGCAGCACAGUGCUCCAGGGCUUGCCUUUCGGCGGGGUGCCUACUGUCCUUGCCCUUGACUUUAUGUGCUUCUUGGUGCUGCUGGUUGUGUUCUCCUUCUUGAGAAAAGUAGCAUGGGACUAUGGGCGCCUCGCUCUGGUGACUGACGCUGACAGAAUGGAUCAACGGUACAGUCGCCUGGAUGAUCGGGAAUAUGUGGCCUCUGCCUUGACAUCAGAUACACCAGAACGCUAUGAGCGUCUCACUUCAGUUUCCAGCUCUGUGGACAUUGAUCAGAGAGACACAGGCUUUUGCUCCUGGCUAACUGCCAUCUUUCGCAUCAAGGAUGAAGAGAUAAGGGAGAAGUGUGGUGAGGAUGCAGUAUAUUACUUGUCCUUUCAGCGCCACAUCAUUGGCCUGCUGGUAGUGGUGGGCGUGCUGUCUGUGGGCAUCAUCUUGCCUGUUAACUUCUCGGGAAACCUACUUGAAAACAAUGCCUAUAGUUUUGGGCGAACCACUAUAGCAAAUUUGGAUGCAGAUAAUGCACUACUGUGGCUGCACACCACCUUUGCAUUUCUCUACCUGUUACUGACGGUGUACAGCAUGCGACGGCACACCUCCAAGAUGCACUACAAGGAAGAUGACCUGGUGAAACGCACUUUAUUUGUCAAUGGAAUCUCCAAAUAUGCAGAGGAGACUGAGAUAAAGCAACACUUUGAGCAGGCGUAUGAAACCUGCGUUGUACUGGAAGCUCGUAUCUGUUACAAUGUGGCCAGGCUGAUGUAUCUCAACUCUGAAAGAAAGAAGACCGAGCGCAGCAAGAAAUUCUUCCUUGACCUGCAGGCCAAGGAGCAUAUUACCACCAUGAUCAAUCCAAAGCCCUGUGGACACCUUUGCUGUUGCAUCAUCAAAGGCUGUGAGCAGGAAGACGCAGUAAGCUACUAUACCAAGCUGGAGGCACAACUGAAAGAUGACUACAGGAAGGAGAGAGAAAAGGUGAACGGGAAGCCCUUAGGAAUGGCCUUUGUCACCUUCCAGAACGAGUCCAUAACUGCCAUAAUCUUGAAAGACUUUAACGCUUGCAAGUGUCAGGGCUGUCAGUGUCGUCAGGAGCCCAAGAGCUCUCAAUUCAGCGCCAAACUCCACACACAGACCUGGAGUGUCAGCUACGCCCCAGAUCCCCAAAAUGUCUACUGGGAGCAUCUGUCAGUGGGAGGAUUCUCUUGGUGGAUCCGCUGCUUGAUCAUCAACCUUGUCCUCUUCCUCCUCCUCUUCUUCCUCACUACCCCGGCCAUCAUCAUCUCCACAAUGGACAAGUUCAAUGUUACCAAACCAGUGGAGUACCUAAAUAAUCCAAUCAUCACCCAGUUCUUCCCCACCCUCCUUCUGUGGUCCUUCUCCGCCUUACUUCCUACUAUUGUCUACUACUCUGCCUUCUUCGAAGCCCACUGGACCCGGUCAGGAGAGAACAGGACCACAAUGCAUAAAUGCUACACUUUCUUGAUCUUCAUGGUCCUGUUGCUGCCCUCCCUAGGACUCAGCAGUUUGGAUGUUUUCUUCCGCUGGCUUUUUGACAAAAGAUUUUUGGCAGAUGCUAAAGUGAGAUUUGAGUGUGUGUUCCUUCCUGAUAAUGGAGCCUUCUUUGUGAACUAUGUCAUUGCGUCAGCAUUCAUUGGUAAUGCCAUGGACCUGCUGAGGAUUCCCGGUCUACUUAUGUACAUGAUCCGCCUCUGCCUGGCUCGCUCUGUAGCGGAGAGGAGGAAUGUCAAGAAGCACCAAGCCUAUGAGUUCCAGUUUGGGGCAGCUUAUGCCUGGAUAAUGUGUGUCUUCACUGUGGUAAUGACCUACAGCAUCACCUGCCCAAUCAUUGUUCCCUUUGGGCUGAUGUACAUGCUGCUGAAGCACCUAGCAGACCGGUACAACAUGUACUACGCCUAUCUGCCAUCCAAACUGGACAAGAAGAUCCAUUCUGGAGCGGUCAACCAAGUGGUGGCUGCUCCUAUUCUCUGUCUCUUUUGGCUUUUGUUCUUCUCCACUGUUCGCUCUGGGUUUUCAGCUGCUACAUCCAUGUUCACGUUCAUAGUUUUGGUCAUCACAAUCAUUAUCUGCCUCUCUCACGUCUGCUUUGGACACUUUAAAUAUCUCAGUGCUCACAACUACAAGAUUGACACCCAAGACGUGGACGGGUUGGAGAAUGGGCGUCCAGUGUGCACUUCUUCCGCCAACAAGGCAGCACAAAUGUACAUUGCUCAUGUACUUCAAGACCCAAACUCAGAGGAGGCUGGUUCAGGCAGUGGCGAGGACGACGGCCAGGGGUCCUCGCAGGACGAGGAAAUAAUUAAUGUUGAAAACGGCCUGAAUGAAGACUUCCAGUCUGGUGAGGACAGCCUCAUUGAUAAUGAAGUGCGGCACUGAUGCUGUCUGGAACAGAAAAAGAUCCCCUAAGUUUAACUUGAGGAGUGCACUGAAUAUGUGAAUUAAACUAGGAACUGAACCAGCAGUUCUCCAAAGCAUCUCAACCUCCAUCGAGGGACUUUACACUAACAUAAGCACAGUCUACUAAGGAUCGAACGGAUUGUUGCUCAAGGACUCCUGCAUUUCUUUCACUGGAUCUCACCAAACCACAUCUUCUGUCUGUGUUGCUGCAAAGGGGAAUCGACUCCUGACAAUGCAAGGGCAGCGACAUCCUUCUGCCCCGAUAUAGCUGAGGCACGCCCCAAAACACUGAAUGAAAGAAAGACACUAAUGUGCAAAAUAAAGAAGAGUUUUCUUGUUUUGUAAGGGGAGUGAUAUUCUGUCUGUAUUUCCUUAACAUUAUUGCACUUGAAAGAGAGAACCUGUCCUAUAAGCUCGAGUUUCAAUAAGGUACUGUAGUACAGCAUGCCUUCAAGUUUAAACGGUGGAGGGAUUUCCCUACAAUCCUUUGCCAGCAUCUCUAAUUGUCUGCACUAAAUGCUUUCCCUGAAUAAGCAGCUGGUGUGAGUUUGCCACACCACCAGACGGCUCGGUCCGUGCAGAUGUGAUGGUCUCAAAAUGGUUCUUCCAAUGUCAUGAAAGCCUUAAAAAAAAACAAAAAAAAAAACACAUAGAAGGAAAAAAAAGAAUUGCUACUAACACUCCUGGAUGCUUCGACACUGUACAGCUACAAAACUCUGGAUUUGUAAAAUAGCCUUUUUGACGUGGUAUUUAUUUGUAGGCAUUGACUUUUAAAUGCUAUCAAGCUUGAUACAUCCCUAAACUGUGGAAGAAGAUAAUUCCUAUCUUGGCACACUACACUGAUAAUGAUCUUUUUUGGCGUUCAGUCUCUGAGCCUUUGUUGGGACUGCUGUUGGACUGCUGCUACUGAUGCUGCCCCCACUAGGGGGAAGACCUUGCACGGCUGCUGCAGGAGGACUGGAGGACAGGAGCCUGCUGGUCCUUUUUGUGUCGCUCAGAGGAUGGAGAAGAGAAAGGCCUUUUGGGUUUUUUUUCUGGCUCAGCUCCAUUUCAUACUCAUUGUGACUGGUUAUCUCUAUCUGUUGUUUUCAUUUGUAUCUUUUUGUCCAUAUGUUUACGUCUUUAUGUAGAGAUUUUGAAAAUUAGCAUUCAAUGUAGGUGGCUACUGAUAUUUGUUUUAUUUUUUGCAAAUGAGCUAAUCUAUAUCUAAUCACUCAGUCCUCUUCCAGGUUCUCUUGAUUUUCAUCAUGCAGGUAGCGCCGAUUAAGUGUUUAUAAUGAUUCCUGAUCAGCCAUAUGAAGCGGCUUCUUUUCAGGUAUCAGGAAGACUAAAAACACAUAAGUAACAAAUUAUGAUGUGAAACAAAGUGCCCACACAGUUAUGACAUUACUCAGGAUUGAUCAAAGCUUCUUAUUUUUGUCAUUUCAUUUCUUCCUUAGUCAACACAACACUGAGCUGCCCCAUUAAACCUAGAGAAGAUUGUUGGUAAAGCAAGGCAAAAAGUACCACUACAGUCUAUCACUGUGGACCAAUUAUUUUUAUUGGGCCAUAAUAUGAAAAUAAAAUGUAUUAUCCAGCUGCUCAGAGAACCAUUGUGGGAAUUGUGCACUAAUCUUACUUUCACUUAUAUGAUUGGCUGAGAAGGGCACACCCCCUGUGGGUGUAAUGACAAUGGUGAACCUAAACUUUUUCCAUAAUUUGUCCAUGGAUAUAUUAUUAUGGUACUAACAAGAGAAUUGUUUGACACCAUUGAGUCUGGUGCUCUUCUAGUCAUGAUAAGGUGAUAUUUUUUUUUUUUUUUUUUAUACCUUUUCAUUUUUAUACCUAUGAGAUGUCUCUGAAUGUGUCCUGUCAAAAUAACAUCUACUGUCAAGCCCUGAGAAAGAUACUUAAAAAUCUCAUCUUGUCUAACAACUCCAGUGUAUAAACGCUGAAUGUAGGUUCAUUCCACAACUUUUGUUCAGUUGAAAGUGGCUACAGUAAUAGUAUAAUCGCUGUAUUUACAUAGCUUCAAAAGUACGGUUCAUUCGCUAACCAGAAAUUAUAAGUUUUAUACUAUAACAAAACUUCCAGUCCCAUGUCAUGGCAUUACAUUUGAUCUACGUUUGUCAGUCUGAUGGUUGCAGUGAUUUCUGGCAGCCUUUUCCAAUUCCAAGUCUAGGAUCCUCAUGAUGAAUCCUUUUUAUUUUAGAUUAUCUUCGUAAGAUCCGUAGAGACAGUGGGACUCGUUGAAAAUAAAUGGAUUGUUUUUCUAAACAGCCAAGCACUUUCUAAAAUAAGUUCUCAGCUUGUUUUUGCAAUGUACUCAGAAUGGGGUAGUAAAAUGUCUCUGCGUCUCAGAACUGUGCACAAAUAGAAUGUGUUUUGUGUGCUUUGCCUUUUAUAGUUUUACAAUUUUCUAGAUAGGAAGAGUAACAAUAGCAGAUCUCAGCAUUUGACCGUCUCAUGUUAUUAUUCUUUCCAAAGGGCCGUCUGUACAAACAGAUGUAUACUGUGUAUAUCUGUGCUACCCCCCCCCCCCUUCCCCAGCUCUUUGAACAAUAAAUCUGUAUUUAA